UGUUUUGAACUAUGAACUGUGGCCACGUUGUCACGAGAAGGACGAACCACGAUAACCAGGAAGCUAGGUGUGGACUUCAUUCUUGUACAAAAACUACAAACAAUGGCCGACCAUUUUAAGGAGGUACUAAAGCAGUCUGGUCUGCACCCUAAGCCAGCAGGGUUGGUUUUGCAGUAUGGCACAGCUGGAUUUAGGACCAACGCCAAACAACUGGACCACGUCAUGUUCAGGAUGGGUUUGUUGGCCACGCUGCGCUCCAAGAAGACCAAAGCUACAAUCGGAGUCAUGGUGACGGCAUCACACAACCCUGAGGAGGAUAACGGCGUGAAGCUCGUUGACCCGAUGGGGGAGAUGUUGACGGCGACAUGGGAGGGUUUUGCCACCCAGCUGACCAACACGGAGCAGGAAGAGCUGCUCACAACUCUGACGGACAUCAUCGAGAAGGAGGCCAUAGACAUGAGCCAGAAGGCAAACGUGUUUGUGGGAAAAGACACCAGGAGCAGCAGUGCCAGCCUUUCACAAGCAGUGCUGGAUGGCGUUCAUGCCCUCGGUGGUCACAGCAAARAUUACGGUUUGGUCACCACCCCACAGCUACACUACAUGGUUUGCUGUCAGAACACACACGGGAAAUACGGAGACGCCACGUUGGAAGGAUACUACAGCAAACUCUGCCAGGCUUUCCUCCAGCUCACCAAAAAUGCGUCAAACCGCACGGACGACCAGAAGCACCUCUGUGUCGACGGUGCAAACGGGAUCGGGGCCCUUAAGUUGCGAGAGAUGGAGAGCCGCUUGAAAAAGGAGCUGCAGAUUUCCAUCUUCAACGACGGCAGCAAAGGAAGACUGAACCAUCAGUGUGGAGCCGACUUUGUCAAAGUACAGCAGAGACCUUCGACAGGCAUCAACGUGAACCCAGGAGACCGUUGCUGUUCCUUUGACGGAGACGCCGACCGAAUAGUUUAUUACUACACCGACUCUCAGGGGCUCUUCCACCUGCUGGACGGAGACAAGAUCGCCACUCUCAUCAGCACUUUUCUUAAAGAGCUGCUCGUUCAGGCUGGUCUAGACUUGAAGAUAGCCGUGGUGCAAACUGCCUAUGCCAAUGGAAGCUCAACACACUACCUGGAGAACACUAUGAAGGUGAUUGUGAAGUGCACAAAGACCGGUGUGAAGCAUCUCCAUCAUGCAGCUCUGGAGUUUGAUGUUGGUGUGUACUUCGAGGCAAAUGGACAUGGGACUGUUUUGUUCAGUAAAGCUGCUGAGGAAAAAGUCCAGCAGCUAGUUAAUGCCACCAACAUCAAUGAUGAGAGGAAGAAAGCUGCUCUCCUGCUGCAGAGCACCAUCAACAUCAUCAACCAGACUGUAGGAGAUGCCAUAUCUGACAUGUUGCUGAUUGAAGCCAUUUURUCCAUCAAAGGGAUGACAGUUCAGCAGUGGGACACCAUCUACAGUGACCUGCCAAACAGGCAGCUGAAAGUCAAGGUUUCUGACCGCCGAGUGAUUGAGACAGCAGAUGCAGAGAGACGAGCAGUGAGCCCAGCUGGGCUGCAGGAGGCCAUCGACACUUUGGUGAACAAAUACAGUCRCGCUCGCUCCUUUGUCAGGCCCUCGGGUACUGAAGAUGUGGUCAGAGUUUAUGCAGAGGCAGACACUCAGGAGAGUGCUGACGCUCUGGCUCAUGAAGUCAGCCUCACUGUGUAUCGCCUCGCAGGAGGAGAAGGGGAUGAACCCAAACCGUUGCACUAAAAACACACACUAACCAUGGUGUCCAAGUUUACAAACCUUUAAUGCAACUCCAUUUGUUUUCAUUAUACUUUCAASCCAAAAUUYCUCACGAUUAACUUUUGAAAUGCAAGUAAUUUAUAUUGUUCAAAUGCACUUUACACAACACUGUUAAUUCUUUGGUUAAUAAAAUGAGAGGAGACAUGCUCUUAAGUGAAUCAGAUACUAUGUGAAAUAAAUGAUGUACAAUACUGUAUAAAAAAAUAUGAAGACAGCAAAUCUGACCAACUUCCAAAUGUUUUCUCAUGGGUACUUUUUUUAAUUAAAGCUUUUUGCGCAGAA